AUGAGGAAGUGCCCGAUUGUCAUCACUGGUCCAAUAGGUGCAGGAAAGUCCACUGUUUGUAAUCUCCUCUCUAAAUAUCUAUCUUGCGACUAUAUCACAGAAUACAUCGAUCAAAAAGGAGGGCCAGAAAUGCUUGAGAAACUCAAGUCUGGAAUUAUCCCAAAUGAAGAUUUUCAGGAAUACGUGCUUGGUACGUUCAACAGACAACUACAAGAAAGUAAGUCCAAAGUUAUUGUAAUUGAGAGACUACCAGAGGAAGGAUCGUUUAUCUUUGGUGGUGGAGAUAAGACAGUCCUUAGACGUGCAAUUGAGAUCCAAGAAAUUUUUGGUAUUCAAGGCUCAUCAGGCAAAAUGAAAGUAGUUACAAUAAUAAAUCAUGGUCAAGGGCCAUUAGAUGUUCUAAAUGAGAUUCUUAUCUCAAUCUUUGGAACAAAUACUGUUACAAAUGAAGACUUUGAACAUUUUGCUCAAUCAACUGGAGUUGUUGUAUAUCUCAAAACAACACCAGCGACAUGCAUUGAGAGGAUUAAAAUAAGAAAUAGAGGUCCAGAACAAUCAAUUACAUUGAAUGAUAUGGCUCAAAUGUGUAAUACAUAUGAGAAAUACAUCUCAUCAUUCAAUCGUGGAUAA